AUGUGUUUCGGGAGCAAACCGAAGCCUGUGCAGGGUUAUGCCUACUCAUCGCGCCCAGUGAAUGGAAGGAGACUCGGCAAAAGUUCGAAAGGCAAGCGCUAUCAGAGCAGCCCAAUGUACGUCGACGGCGGAAGCUACGGUGGCUACGGGUCGACGCAUCAUGAUGGUGGACAUGGUGGUGGAGGCUACGGUGGCGGUGGAUGGGGCGGUCAUGGUGGUGGUGAUGGCGGGGGUGGAGGUGACGGAGGAGGUGGAGGAGAUGGGGGUGGAGGCGGGGGUGGGGGUGAUUAG